GUCAAUCUGAUGAGAAUUUGUGUGGCGUUUAACCAAACAAGCAAAAGCAAUGUCGCCGUCUUCGUCUGAGCCAACCCCGCCGUCUUCUUCUCCUUCUUCUUCCAAGCAAACCACGAGGAGGAGGACCUUAUGGCCCUCCAUUUCUCUCCUCUCCGCUCUCGCGCCUCUACUCUCCGCCGCCGUCUUCUACCAACUCUUCUCCUUCGACCCAGCUCCUCUCCCCACCCACGAGCUCGCUCGCCGGCCCAUCCUCGUCCCUAGCCAAAACCCCCGCAUGCUUCGCGGGGCAGAGUUGAUCGGGGCUGGGCAGUUGCCGGGACCGGAAGAGCUCGCUUACGACCCCAAAUCUGGACUCUUGUAUACUGGUUGUGCUGACGGCUGGAUCAAGCGAGUCACCGUGAUGGGUUCAGCGGCGGACGCGAGGGUGGAGAACUGGGUCAAUACCGGCGGCCGACCUCUAGGACUCGUUCUUGGAGGCGACGACGAAGUCAUCGUCGCCGAUGCCGACAAGGGGCUGUUGAAGGUAAGAAGAGAUGGCGCAGUGGAGCUGCUCACAGAUGAGGCAGAGGGUGUGAAAUUCAAGCUAACAGAUGGAGUGGACAUGGCCAAAAAUGGAGUCAUAUAUUUCACAGACGCAUCCCACAAGUACAGCCUCACACACUUCAUAUGGGACAUUCUAGAGGGCAGACCACAUGGCCGACUCCUCAGCUUCGAUCCCUCAACUCGCAAAACCCAUUUACUGCUCUCCGACCUCUACUUUCCCAACGGGGUUGCGGUCUCUCCUGACCAGCUCUCCGUCGUCUUCUGCGAAACCCCAAUGAGGAGGUGCAGAAAAUACUUCAUAGAAGGGGAAGGAAAGGGAUCUGUUGGUAACUUGGUUGAGAAUUUGCCCGGAAUGCCAGACAACAUACAUUACGAUGAAGAAACAGGCUAUUACUGGAUUGCAAUCGCCGCGGAAGCUUCGUUCUCUUGGGAUAUGGCGCAAAGGUAUCCUUUCAUAAGGAAGUGCCUGGCAAUGAUGGAGAGAUACAUUGGGCGACCGAACAUGGAGAAGAACAGCGGGAUUCUAGGUGUGGACAAGGAUGGAAAACCCGUCGCCUUCUACUUGGACCCGAAAUUAGCGAUGCUUUCGAGCGGAAUCAAAGUCGCCGAUCAUUUGUAUGCCGGUUCGGUGGUGCUUCCGUACAUUAUCCGCCUCAACCUCACCGAGCACCCUGCUAAACCCAUUAUCUGAAGUGAUGGAAUUGCACGUAGGACAACGGAAGCUUCAAUGUUAAUGGCGGAACGUAUUAGUAGAACUUCGUUUGGCAAUGCGAUUUGACCGUUUAGUAUAGCUAUUAGUAUAGCUUAUAAGCUAUCAAGCUUAUUUUCUUAUAUGUUUGGGCCAGUUUGGCAUUAUCAAGCUUAUUUUCUUAUAUAUUUGGUAUUACUAAUGGCUUAAAAGUUGUACAACUAAAA